GCUGGUCACACGAGUACGCGCAGGCAAAUUGCCCCUUUGCUGCUGGUGCCCCCUGAGCUGGCUCACUUGCCUUCUAACUUUGGGAGAGGGAAAGCACCAUUUGCAGACAGGAGUCAUUCAGUACUGCUUGCUGCGCGGAGAGCGGUGAGCCUGCAGUCAUUGGCAAGACAAAUCGGCUUGCUCUCUUGCCUCGCAGCAACGGACAAUAGGAGGUCCGCCUCCGACUACAUAACGCAACGAAACGCAACGCACAGCACAGCCACGACCCACACAUUCCUUUGACGACCAACAAACUGCCACCACGAUGGCCCACCAUACGCGAGGUCUCUCCUCCGUCGACAUGAGCAACCUAGACGUAGAAGGCGCCUCAGGCAGUCGUAUCGAGCAGAGCUACUUCCAGGGUCUCUCCCUCCCCUCCCUCUCCAGCUGGCUGGGAGAAGAUCAGUAUGCUACCCCUUGGACUGCUGCUGGACCUAUCACGCCUUCUAGAGCUGACGGAGGAGCAGGCUUCGAGUCCUUGCUAGGCACGACGGGAAUUGUUCCGACUGCGAAGAUUCACGGGGCGUGGGCGAGUCAGGGCUGGAAGGAUGCACUGCGCUUUCGAGAGAUGGGGAGUGUCGUGUCUGGCUCUCCCCAUAUCCGCAAGACGAUCCUCAAGGGGCUGUGCCUAUCAUCGGCAGUCGUCCUCGUCAUCUUCCUCUUCGAGAUGGCUUACUUCCCUGCCCAAAUCUUCUUUGACGAAUAUGAGCAUAACGAGCACUACUUCCAGACCUGGGCAGACACUGACGAGGUUCUUUGGCUCUACCCUCUGGUAGCCAUCUCGUACUUUGUAGCCUCUUCAUGGACCGUAGAUGUAGCCAAGACUGCCACCAAGCUCAAGCAUGGCAGAGGUAUGUCCAUCUCUGCUGCCAUCAGCGGCGUGACUUCGACCAGCUUUCGAGCCCGCGUCCUUUCCGAAUCAUUUAGGGUCUUCGUCGUCAUCAAUUACGUGCUAUUGGGCCUAGCUCUUGACCACAUCCCUUGGAUCGGUAGCACGCUCUGUUUCCUUAUGAUGAGCUUCGUCGAUGCAUUUUACUGCUUUGACCCUGUCAUGGUCAGCCGAGGAUGGUCGGUAGAACGAAGAUUGCGCUACGUUGAAAGCCGGUGGGCAUACAUGACGGCGUUCGGCAUUGUUCCCACGAUCAUUUCCUAUUUCCACCCUUCCGGUCUGCUCAAUCUCUUCCUCUUUAUGGCCGUCUACCCAUUCUAUGUCGUGCUAGCCCUCCUUGCUAGGCCGGAGCCACGAUCCGCCUCCGCAGGAAGCACGCUCACGCCCAUCUCUGGCACCUCGGACAAGUUUAUGGGCAGUGAAAGCGUCCCGGCUGGGACUACCCUGUCAUCGUUCCUUCCGGCGAGGAUACCCAUCUUUUUGCCCACCGUCGUGCUCUACCGGCUCGUGAUGCGAUUUGCGCCUCGAGACUCUGGUGAUGAAGGCGAUCACGGGCGCAGCAUUCACGGCAGUCUCGCAGGCGAAAAGUCGCCUGCUUACUCUUCUGCCUUCGGCUCGACGGAUCGGAGAACUGCUGCUCAAUUCGUAGGAGGAGCAUGGGCUGCGGGAGGUAACGUCGGGGCUGCACAGCCGAUCUGGGGUGGCCAAGCCUCUGCAUGGAACCAGCAAGCUCCCCAACCUCCUCCGCCAUACCCUUACGGCCAGACUAAUGGCAGCUCUGGGCAAGGCGGCCUGCAGUAUGAACAGAAUGGAAUGGCAGGCCACUACGGCCAGUCAGCUCAAGCCUUCCCGCCGACGCUAGCGCCCCCACCCAUGGGCAACGAAGCGCGUAGCAGGAGCGGCAGCUCCGCCGCCUCUGUCUCCUCGUCCUCGCGGGUGGGACAGCAGCGACACGUGCAUUACUACGACGGCGCUAUGAAGACGCCCGAGGCGAAUGGUGCUUCCUUUGCGCCCAGCGCCACAAGUGCUUCGUUCGCCUACGCUGGCGAACCUGCCGGCCAGGUCCCUCCUCCGCCCAAGAGGAGCGGGACCGGUGCGCCUGCCGUUGCCAAGGGCAAGAAGAGUGAUUGAUACGGUAUGAUACUGUAGCGAGGCCAUGUGUACGAGGGCAAUGCUCGUGACAGAAGAUAGAGAAUGUCCAGUCUAUUUCAUCUACC